CUUGAUCUUCAAUCUGAAAUAUAAGCGUAUGAGUAUUCAAGCAACUUAAGAGAGACCAGCUUAGUCUCUUAUCGAGUCAGCGACUUCCAGGUUUCUUUAGAAAGUGAUAUUUGGAGAUCAAAUUUCCAAAUGCCUCCCAAAUCCAUUGUCCCAGACGUAUCAAAAGACCUCUCAGGCAACACGAACUUGUCGGACGAAGAUGCUGCAAAAGUGCAAAGGCAGCUGGACAGUGCCAUAGACUCAGCCUUCAGCGGCGGCCAGGCUCAAGCUCAAGCGGACGAGGCUCGACGUCGAGCGGCCAAAGCGAGCACUCCCGCCGAACGAGAAAAGUACGAACAAGAAGCGGCUGAAUAUGAACGACAAGCUCAAAGCCAACUUAAGACGUCCCGGCGGCUUCAAAGCGGGGCAUGGCAAGGCUUCGGAGCCGGUGCUGGCAUUGGCGCCGCGACAGGAAUGGGAUUAGGCGGCAUCGUUGGGACGCUCUCUGGUGGAGUGCUGGCCGUGCCUCUCACUGCAGUUGGAGGCUUGAUCGGCGCCAGCACAGGCUUUUUUCAUGGCCCUUGGAUCAAGCUCACUCGCGGAGAGGAUGGACCGCAGAUUGAGGCGGCAGAGGAGGAUGAACCCGGAGCAGUCAAACUGGAGCCGAACGAGCUGGACGCCAUCAACAAAGGACUCGCCCAGGGCGUGGCUAACCUGGGUGACGCAAGAAAAGCCGCUCCAUCGAAAGGACUACCUAUUCGAAAUUCCCCCAAGCCAGGUAGAAAGCCGCCGAGAAAAUUAGAAGUCAGGGAACAUGGGAAGUGAGCCAAUACUGCGGUUACGUUUUACGUUUUGAAGGCAACAAGGGGAAACAAAAUUCGGGGUUUGGAUUGCCCGUGGUUUACUAAUUGUGGACGCUACGUGAACCAUCACAGAAGUUUCUGCACCAAAAUUAGGAGGCAAGUGGUCGAUGCAACUACAGAAGGCGAGGCUUCCGAUGAAUCGAGCGCCCCAGCAUUGGGCAUGAUCGGGCAACGUACGACUGAUGAACUAUGCCCCGAUAGCGAGUCGAGCAGCGGGCGGAGCUUUACAGACUCUUCUGUAUGAUAACUUCGCUGGACACCAUCGCCAGUGUCGCAUCUUCUUGAGUCUUCCAUGCUUGCCAAGCUAUGGCCAUUCUCUCAAGCUCGUCUUCUGUUGUCAAACGCGCCGUCAGCGCUGCAUCACGGAACCGACCUUGUCGGAUCAAG